CUGCUGUCAAUUUGAUUGUUUUAUUGUCAAAAGUUUAGGUUUAUGAAUUUGUGAAUGUUUAGGUUUUCCUUCAAUACUUUUGAGACUUAUAUUUUAUCACCAAUAGACUCUUAGUUUAUAUUAACAAUGGAACCAAAUGUUCCUAGUUCUUCAGCAUCUUCUAGAGCGACAAGAUUUAUGAUGGAAGGUGUAGGAGCUCGCGUAAUUCGAGGUCCAGAUUGGAAGUGGGGCAAACAGGAUGGUGGUGAAGGGCAUGUAGGAACAGUAAGAAACUUUGAAUCUCCUGAAGAAGUUGUCGUAGUGUGGGACAAUGGGACUGCAGCGAAUUAUAGAUGUUCCGGAGCAUAUGAUUUACGGAUUCUAGAUAGUGCACCAACUGGAGUUAAACAUGAAGGAACUAUGUGUGAUACCUGCCGCCAGCAACCAAUUUUUGGUAUUCGUUGGAAAUGUGCAGAAUGUAGCAACUAUGAUCUUUGUUCUGUUUGCUACCAUGGUGACAAACAUCAUUUAAGACAUAGAUUUUACCGAAUUAGUGCACCUGGUGCUCAGCGCUGCCUUGUAGAACCUAGAAGAAAAAGUAAAAAACAGGCUGUAAGAGGCAUUUUUCCUGGUGCAAGAGUUGUUAGAGGGGUGGAUUGGCAAUGGGAAGAUCAAGAUGGUGGAAAUGGUAGAAGAGGAAAAGUUAAUGAAAUACAAGAUUGGUCAGCUGCUAGUCCUAGAUCAGCCGCCUAUGUUGUAUGGGACAAUGGUACCAAAAAUCUAUAUAGAGUUGGUUUUGAGGGAAUGGCUGAUUUAAAGGUUGUGAAUGAUGUAAAAGGCCAAAAUGUAUACAAAGAACAUUUGCCAUUAUUGGGAGAAUUAGGUCCAGGUCGUACUGGACCUCAUGGUUUGCAAGUUGGUGACCAGGUAAAUGUAGACCUAGAUUUGGAAAUCGUACAGUCAUUACAGCAUGGACAUGGUGGAUGGACAGAUGGAAUGUUCGAGUGUCUUGGCUCCACUGGUACUGUCGUGGGUAUUGAUGAGGACCAUGAUAUUGUUGUUACAUAUACUAGUGGUAAUAGAUGGACUUUCAAUCCAGCUGUGUUAACCAAGGUAUGCGGCGGUAAUUUGAGUACAUCAGCGUCAGCGGGCAGUGCCCCUGGCGGGUUCGCUGUAGGCGACCUAGUGCAGGUGUGCUCCGACCAGGAGCGCGUUAAGGCAUUACAACGUGGACACGGCGAGUGGGCUGAGGCUAUGGCACCUACACUUGGCAAAAUAGGGCGUGUCCAACAAAUUUAUCACGACAACGAUCUGAAAGUAGAAGUAUGCAACACGUCAUGGACUUACAAUCCCAAUGCGGUUACGAAGGUUGCGUCAUCCGAUGGCAGUAUUCCGGGAAACUCGUCAGGCGAGCGUCUGUCAGCGCUCUUAAAAACCCUGUUCGAAUCUCACGUGACAACGGGAGAUGCAAACGAGGAAUUAGUGAAGGCGGCCGCCAAUGGGGAUGCAGCGCGCUGUUCUGAGAUUCUGUCGCGCACCGACGGCGCUCAAGCUGACGUUAAUGGCGUUUACGGAGGGCAUACUGCCUUGCAGGCGGCCGCCCAAAACGGUCACGUGGAGGUGAUCCGCACGCUAGUGGAGCUAGGCGCGGAAGCGGACGCGGAGGACCGCGACGGCGACCGCGCGGCGCACCACGCCGCCUUCGGGGACGAGCCAGCGGCUCUGCGCGCACUGCACGCGGCCGCUGCUGACCUCAACGCGCGCAACCGCCGUCGCCAGACGCCGUUGCACAUCGCUGUCAACAAGGGCCACCUGGGCGUCGUCAGAACGCUGCUGCAGCUCGGCGUGCACCCAAGCCUCCAGGAUUCCGAGGGUGAUACAUCUCUUCAUGACGCCAUCACCAAGAAACGUGACGAUAUGUUAACGCUACUGUUGGAUCAUGGAGCAGACAUGACUUUAACCAACAAUAAUGGAUUCAACGCUCUCCACCAUGCUGCACUGCGAGGCAAUCCAAGCGCUAUGAAGAUAAUGCUGGGUAAAUUGCCGCGUCCGUGGAUAGUAGACGAUGCUAAGGACGACGGAUACACGGCGCUCCACCUGGCGGCUCUGAACAACCAUGCGGAAGUGGCCGAGCUGCUAGUGCGCGGCGGGGCGCGCCCUGACCUCCAAAACGCCAACCUACAGACGGCGUUACAUUUGGCUGUUGAACGACAACAUACGCAAAUAGUUCGCUUACUUGUCGCCCAUGGAGCGGACCUUAAUAUCUGUGAUAAGGACGGAGACACACCUCUACACGAGGCGCUUCGACACCACACGUUGCAGCAGCUCCGCCAACUGCAGGAUGCUCGCGGCGCCGCCUUGCUCACGGGCCUCGCGCACACACACGAUAAAAAAUCAUCCGCCUCUAUCGCAUGCUUUUUGGCCACACACGGGGCCGAUCUUACCAUAAAAAAUAAAAAAGGUCAAACACCUUUAGACUUGUGCCCAGAUCCUAAUCUCUGCAAAACGUUAACAACAUGUCGCAAAGAAGGCGCAGCAUUAGGAAGUAGUGUUCUAUCAGAGAGUGAACCGAGCUCUAUAAGUACUGCGUGUGGUAGCGCCUCGCUGACGGCUCCCAUGGAACCCUCGAGUGGGGACAAUACCCAGGUGGACCCCACUGCGGACGAGUGCCUCGUCUGCUCUGACGCCAAACGAGAUACCCUGUUUCGGCCCUGUGGUCACAUAUGUUGCUGCAACGUUUGUGCAGCGAGAGUAAAAAAAUGCCUGGUGUGUCGUGCGUGCGUGACGUCACGGCAGCGCGUAGGCGAGUGCGUCGUGUGCUCAGAGGCGCCGGCCACGGUCGUGUUCCGGCCGUGCGGCGACGUGUGCGCAUGCGCGGCGUGCGCGCCGCUCAUGCGCAAGUGCGUGGAGUGCCGCACGCCGCUGCAGCCGCCGCCGCCGCCGCCGCACCCGCACUCAGCGCCGCACGCGCACACUAACACGGCGCCGCACGCGCAGCAUUCACAACUCCCGCACCAGCAUCCGCUCGUGCAGGCACACGCGCACGCCGCACCGCUUACCAAAUCAGACUUGGAAAAAGAGGGUAGCAACCUAGCUCAGGUGCAGGUGAAUAAGGGCCAGCCGGCUCCGACACAGGCCGCGGCCCACCUCAUGAACAACGGGUCGCGGCCCGGCCCCGCGCCCCCCGCCUCCGCCGCCGCCGCCCCCGCACCAACCCCCGCCCCCACCACCGCACCGGCCCCGCCCGCGCCCCCCGCCGAUGUACAAAAGCUGCAGCAACAGUUGCAGGAUAUCAAGGAACAGACCAUGUGCCCGAUCUGCUUGGACCGUCUGAAAAACAUGAUCUUCCUGUGCGGCCACGGCAUGUGUCAGAUGUGCGGAGACCGCAUCACCGUGUGCCCCAUUUGUCGUAAACAGGUUGAGAAACGGAUUCUACUCUACUAGUAGAUGACAUUCAUAAACAAAACAGUGAAAUAUCGAUUGUAUCAUGAUAACUGCUAAAUACAAUAGCUAUUUAUAAUUUUGUAAAAUAUAAAACAUAUAACAGAAUUAGAUCUAAUGUUUGUAUUUAAUAUUUAAGGAAUAAUAAAUAAAUUGCAUUAUUUAUUAUUAACCCAUCGGUAGGGUAACGAAGUUAUGUAUUACCACUAAUAUUUUUCCCCAGUAAUGUCAUAAAGAAUAGCCAGAGGAGAAAAGCGUAAUAUAUCAGUACAAAAAAGAAGAAAAGUCAAAUAUCUGUAUAGCCACCUGGCCGGUGUGAUGUGCUAUAUAAAUAUCCUCCUUAUAAAAGAAGGACCCGUGCCUAAGUGAGACAUUAAGGUGGCUUCUUAUGAUAAUGAUGAAAUUGCAUUUAAUGUAUAAAUUAUGUGUUAUUAUUUUAACAAUAAUGAUACAUUUCACAUUAUUAUUGUUAAAAUAAUAUUAUUUCUCUAGAAAAAAUGUUUUAUAAUUCUGUAUCCUAUUUACUAAUAUUAUCCAUUUACAAAAGAAUGCUCAGAAAUUGCUUUAAACAAAUAUCUUUUUAGAUUUUCCGAUUAUCUUUAAAUCUUUACAUAAUUGACAAGUUUUUAUUUAUUAUUUACUUGUUUGAGCACACCGCAUUCG